CUUGCAAUUUCUCAUGGCAAAACCUUGGCUUUUGUGUUACCAAUUUUGGAAUCAUUAGUAGAUGGACAACACAAGACAUCAAGAAAGACAGGCUAUGGAAGGCCUCCAUGUGUAUUGGUACUUUUGCCAACUAGAGAGCUUGCCAAUCAGGUGUAUUCAGAGUUUGAAGUUUAUGGUGAGGCAGUGGGACUAUCUGCAUGCCGUGUAUAUGGAGGUGCUCCUUAUCGUCCCCAAGAAACUGCACUGAAACGAGGGGUUGAUGUAGUUGUUGGAACACCCGGGAGAAUAAAAGAUCAGAUAGAGAGGGGAAUGCUUGACUUGAAGUCACUGAAAUUUCGUGUCCUUGACGAAGCUGAUGAGAUGCUGAAUAUGGGUUUCGUUGAAGAUGUUGAGCUUAUCCUUGGGAAGGUUGAGGAUGUAAGCAAAGUUCAGACGCUCCUCUUUAGUGCCACCUUGCCUGACUGGGUGAAGAAGAUUUCUGCAAGUUUUCUGAAACAUAAUAAACAAACUGUUGAUCUUGUUGCAAAUGAGAAAUUGAAGGCCAGUGCUAGUGUUAGACAUCUUGCUCUUCCCUGUUCUUAUGCUGCUAGACGUCAAGUUAUUCCAGAUGUUAUCCAUUGCUAUAGCCGUGGAGGUCGUACCAUUAUUUUCAUGGAGACAAAGGAAUCUGCAUCUGAACUUGCUGGUUUAUAAUCUGGAGCGCGUGCUUUGCGUGGGGACAUAAUGCAGGCACAACGUGAAGUCAUUCUUGCUGGAUUCAGAUCUGGAAGAUUCUUGGUUUUGGUGGCCACAAAUGUGGCAGCACGGGGCUUGGACAUCAACGAUGUGCAAUUGAUUAUUCAGUGCGAGCCCCCACGUGAUGUUGAAGCUUAUAUUCAUCGUUCAGGGAGAACAGGGAGGGCUGGUAACACUGGAGUUGCUGUCCUACUAUAUGAAACCAAAUAUUCAUAUAGCAUAUCUCGGAUAGAAAGGGAAUCUGGUGUUAAGUUCGAGCACAUAUCUGCUCCUCAACCUGCUGACGUUGCUGAAUCUGCUGGUUCUGAAGCCUCUGAAGCUAUAUUCAAUGUAUCUGACAGUGUGAUUCCAGUAUUCCAGUCACAUGCAGAACAACUGCUGAGUUCCUCUGGAUUGUCAGCAGUGGAUUUACUUGCAAAAGCACUUGCAAAAGCUGCAGGAUACACUGAUAUUAGGAAGAGAUCACUACUUUCAUCCAUGGAGAAUUAUGUGACUUUACUCCUUCAUGCUGGAAAGCCCAUCUACUCACCCUCGUUUGCUUAUAGUAUCUUGAGGAGAUUCUUGCCUGAUGAAAAGGUUGAAGGGGUGAAGGGUCUUUCUCUUACAGCUGAUGGAAUGGAUGCUGUGUUUGAUGUGCCUACUGAUGAUGUGGAGUCGUUCAUCGCAGGUCAAGGGAAUGCAAAUAUGGUGAACAUUGAGCUUUUGGAAAAAUUGCCUCCUUUGAAAGACAAGGAUCAGUCAAGAGCUGGAGGCAGGUAUGGAGGAUGGCGUAGUUUUGCUGACAGAAGAGGUGGUGGUGGUCGAUUUUCUGGUGGUAGGGGUGAUGAUGGCGGUCCUGGUAGAAGAAAAGCUAGAUUUGCAACUCAAGGAAAGGGAAGCAGGGGACGUGGAAAUAGAUCUGGCAGGAGGCGUUGAUCUGUUCUAACAUAAAGCAUAAGCACGGCAAGGAUUAACUGUAAUAUGUAGUAUUGGGGCAAUAUAUGAACAUAGGAAUUGAUUACUUUUGUAUUUAUUAUUUUUCUUAAAGCAGCCUUCAGGUUAUUGAAUGGGAUCCAAAUGGGUUUAUUUU